AUUUACUUAUUUUUACGAAUCGGGACGUAUGACUUCAAUUUCGCCUUAUUUUAUAUUUUAUUUUUUUUAAAUUUAUAAUGGAUCCAUACGCGCAUUAUGAGGCAUAUGAUUUUCUUGAUUAUUUAAUUCCACCAGUGAAGAAAAAUUAUAACGUUGAUAGAGAUUCCCUACUUCUCUUUGAACGAUACUCUUAUAAGAAAUAUCCCUGCUUUCCAAUAAGUAAGCAACACCUUAAAAGACUAACGUUUCGAAAUAAAACGAAUACUAAACCCGGUUCAUCGGCAUCGUAUAAAUCGUUAUUUUUGAAGAAAUCUAGUGAAAGGCUCUUACAAGAACAGUGCUCUAUUUUGGAUGUGAUACAAUUAAAGCGUUUAGAACGUAAUAAAUCAAUUCAUUCGACUCAUAGUAGAAGAUGCAAUCGACUAAGCAAUAAAGAAGAAAAACCAGUUAUACAGAUAACAGUCAUACCAAAAUCAGUUAAAACGCAAACUUCAAAGGUUUUCAACAAACGCAUUUUAAAAAAAGAAAUAAGUAAAACCGUUUCUAAUCAAGAUAAUUCUACAAAGAACAAAAACGUUUAUGUUGUGGUAUCAGGGAGAAAAAGAGAAAAAGUUUAUGAACUAAAAACAUCGGAGAGCGAAAAUUUUUCAAAUAGAUGGAGGCAUCCAAUUAAACACAAAUUUCCAGUAAAGCAAAGUUCCAAACAGGUCCUUGAUUCAAUGGAUAUGGAAAGGAAUAGCUUAAGAGGCAAGAAAAUAAAAGAUGGAAAAUUAUUUCGUAAUCAGGGCAAUUUCAAGCAAAAACCUUCUGGGCAGGACAAUAUACACAAAGAGAGAAAACCUUCAAAACUAAACCUCACCUCUCCUAAAAGUCGAGUGACUAUUUUUGGUCAAUUAGGACGCACAGAUAACGAUCAAUAUGUUUUAAAUUGUGCUGCAACAGUCAAUAAUAAGCCCAUACCUACAAACGUGACACAUCUUAAUGAUGGUUUCAGCUUUAGAAAUAAUCCGGAUUAUAUCAAUAUGAAUCAAUUUUCUAAUUAUACAAGUUCGAAGAAAUAUUCAGUAUGGAAUGCUAAUUUAGAAAACGAUGCAAAUGCUAAUGAACGAGCUGAAAGCUUUCAUGAUACAUCAAAUCUUAGAAAUAAACAGUUUCCCAGAAUGGAAUCUCAGGGUAUCCAGGUAAAUUUAUGCGUAUCGAAGAGUAAAACUGGAACGAAAUACAUGAAAGAUCAAUAUAUUCAAUGUAUGUGCCAAAAUACUGAUAAAAACAAAUCUGAUGAUGAAAAUGAAAAUAUUUUGAAUCAAAAUCAAAGCCCAAUAGUGGUUAUUUCUGUGUAUCCUAAAUUUGAAAACGGAGAUACUAAUUUAGGCCACACUGUUAAAAUUGAGCAACGUCAUGCUCCUUCUCCUAAGCACGCUCUAUAUAACGAAAUGCAAAUGGGUACAUCUAAGAAAACUGAGGAAAGAAAUUUUAUUUCUAGAGAAAGGUUUCGUUCAAAGUCUCCGAUUUCAGCAAUUUCACAGGGAAAAUCGGAUAUUUACAAAAAAACUGAUGGAUAUCGUUUAACAUCACCUAAUCGUUCCCCAAAUUAUUCUCCAAAUUUAACACGUAAGUUCAAUAAUGAAGUAAAUAAAAAAACAUAUUCAAAACACGACUUUAGAUAUGAAAAAAGCAAAUUUAAAAAUGGAAAUAGGCCCAUGCCUACAAAAAUGCCACAUAGCAAUGAAACUAGAUCUGAAACGGAAACUUUAAAUGCAAGUCGAAAUUUAGCAAAGAAAGCUUUAGUGGAUAGUUACAUAAGUAAACUGGAUUCUGAAGAAGGUUUUAAGACUAUAACUCGUAAAAAUUUUCUUGUUCCUAAAGAUGACGCUUCAAAAGUAACCAUAAAUAUAGAUGGCGAAACUGAACAAUAUGACUUACUAUUUGAGCAGAAUAAACAAAAUACAAAUUUAUCAGUCAGGAAGACUAUCAAGGAAGCAAAUAACAAAAAUAAAACGGAUAUGCGCGAUACAGCUUCAUUAAAACAUCUUUUUGAUCUUUCUCAAGAGAUAUUACCUGGUGCACACUCAGUAUCGCAAGUUAGGAAAAAAUCACCGAUUAAUUUGAAAAGUGAUUUGCGUUCUUCCGAUUUAAGCAAUGCCCCAAAAUUAAACAAAAGGUCAUCGAAAUUGUGUGUUCGUGAUAGUAUUGAAAUUUCCCACAGACGAGGUAGUUUAAGCAGUGGUGGCAAUCCAAAACCAGCUAAAUCUAAAAAUUCUAAGGAACCCAGCAAUUCUACACAAUCCUCAAAUUCAAAAGCCCAUGCUAAACAUUACCGUGGUGAUAAUUGUUUCAUAACAGAUCCCACUGAGAGGGAUAAAGAAAUUAGAGAAUUACUCGGAAUACUAACUGGGAGAAAAUGUGACGCUAAAACCAAUUCAAAACAACGAAUCGAGGACAUAUUUCCUGUAUAUAAACAUUGCGAAGGAGCCUGUUGCCAAGAAGGACGAAACAGCGACAAAAAAUUAAUGACUGGAAUUAGCUUAUCAAAAUUACCUGCUAGUAAUUGUAUGCAAAAGUUUUUCAAAAAAAUAAAAAAUGUAAAGGUAGAAAAACCAAGUGAAUGUGAAAACAAUAAACCAGUUGGCAAAGCUGCAUUGCCAGAUCUUGAGGAUGAAAGGUGGAAUAUUGACUCACCGGCAAAAGUCGAAGAACAGCAAGACUUGCAACAUUCCAAAGAUACUGGUUGCAAGUGUUUUCAUAAUCCAGCGCAACGGAUCCAAAAUGAGAUGCAGAAUGAAGAAUAUUCUACUCAUAAUAAAUUUCCAAAUAACAACCAACAUAAUGUUCCGAUCGAACCAAAAAAGCCGCUUAUGUGUCCUCAUUGUAAGGAACCAAGAAACCCGAUAAUACUGAAUAAACCCCCUAUUAAUAAUAGCGAACAAACAAAUGAUGCGAGCUUGAUUUUAAAUCGAAACAUACAAAUUUUUCUAGAGGUGGAGCAAUUUAAAAAACAACGACCUAUUAUAUUAACUAAGAAACAAUAUGAUAAAGUCAAAAAAACAAUACAAAGUACUAUAUCUAAGAAGACUAGUAAUGAGAAAAGACGGAGCGCUUAUUAUAAUAAUUUCAGUAUAGUGUCCAUUGGUGAUGUAAAAGUUAGAUCCAAAUGUCAAGAACCAAGAUGUAUAAACAAAGAGGUGCAAACAGAAUCUUUCGGAAGUAAUAGAAUUUGUUCAGAAUUUUUGUCUUCUCUUGAAAGUUUCGAAAGGCAUGAGGCAUCGUUAUUGUCCCACAGUAUGUUUAGUUUCGAUAAAAAUCAAGAAAUAAGAUGUCAACCAGAUAUUGAUGAAGAUCCUAAUAAUUCAAAAAUAGUCAACCAACACCCACAGACUAGUAAUGCGAUGUCGUCAUUAGAAGUGCGCUAUGCUAGCGUAGCCUUCAGUAAACAUGUCACGUACUCGUCUCCUUUAGGCAGCAGAGGUUUAGAGAGUUCACUAUUUUCAAGUUCUGCUCCAAAUUAUAGCAAUUCGUUGCACACAAUAUUUAAAGGUUACAAGAAAUCAGCGACCCCAAACCUUGGCACGUCUGAAUUUUCAUUGUGUUCAGAUACCGAUAGUAGAAUGUCUGAUAAAAGUAAAAAAUCGCAACAGACGAAAGAUCCUAAAUAUAAAAAGCCGCUGCUUCAACGCCUCGUGUCUUGCCUCAUCAUGAGAUCGGCAAGAGUGUCAGAAGUGAAAAUUGGAAAAUCUCCCGCUAAGAAAGAACCGACGACGCUCAAUAGCUCUGUCGAUUCCUAUUAUUUUAGCACUUCUUUAGCCGGUUUCCAAAUACCAUCAUCUAUGUAUGACACAUCAGCAUCGUUUUUCAGUAACCACACAAUAAUGCCCGUAAACCGGAUGAAGCGAGGAUUCUUUAGUUCAAUGAGAGGAUUUCUCACAAACCGCCGAAAUUAAGAAAGUAUCUCAUUUGUCGUCUGGGCUUUGUUUUCACGUUUUUUAUUAAAUAAAAAUUGAUGUCGAUAUUUUA